GCAGCCACAAGCAAACAGGUUCUACAUUCUACAACCACACUUACAACAGAGCGGCUACCUUUCUACAUUGGACAUUCCUCGACAGGAUCAAGACUAAACUUUUGAACAUUCUCGACACAGUGACAUCCCUUUAAGGAGAGUCAAUUCCAAUAUAUUGAUCAAACUCUGACCAAAUCAUCCAAAACUAUGGCUGAGAGGGCAAUACGGAGCAGACCGCAUGAAUUGGUUCAGUUAAACCCUGCAGAGAUCCUAUACACCCAAGAUAUAGUGAAAUGUCACUUUGAGGACGGUACAAACCUGGCUGAUACUUUCAGAAGUCUGCUCUACGGGACUUCAUCUCCCGGGGAUUUAGAAUCCAUGGACGUUAUGCUAUGGGACCAGAAAUACUGGGUAGUAGAAGGUAAUAGACGAUUAUAUCUCUUUAAACAGUUAGAGAAAUUGAACAUCACUAAACAGAUAACAGCAAUUAAAAUUCCCGAGGAAAAAUGGAUGUGGAGGAAAAUAUUCCGAAAUUCAAACCAUGGGAAGACAGUCAGUGUUAUUAACGAGAAAGACCUUAACCAAAGUUUGGAUAAAAUCAUCAAAGUUUGGCGCUAUUUCAAAGCAGGAAAAUGUCAGGCUGAGAUAAACAAAGAUUAUAGAUAUAGAUAUGAGACAAUGAAGGUAAAUAAGAUGCUCCGUGAAAAUAUAGAGAUCUUGAAAAAGGAAGGAUUUUGGUUGGAUAUCGACCUAAUUCCUAUAGAUAGAGACAGACGCAAUGUUAAGACCGCUGACAGACAGAAAGGAACUGUGUCUUCACUUUCAAGCAUAAGUACACAAACUGUAAAGUAGUUAAAGAACAGGGGCUUGGGAAGAUGGCGCUUUCAAGCACAUGAGCUCAACUCUCUUGGAAACAAGCAGGGGAAAGAGUCAAGCUGGGUGAAGGAGACUUAAUAACAAUGAUAGAGCCCCUCUUCGGUGUACAGGCAGGUCUGGUCAGGUGUAUCUAGAAAGCAUUAUAAAGUAUUCCGAUUUGUCUAGUCCAACAUCAAAACUGCUCAAUUAACAAUAUUCGCUGUGAUUACAGGGGAUUUUUUAUUGGAGGUGUAAAAUAUGGUAGAAUCUCAAGAUUUUAAAAAGUUUCUUCAAUACAUCAGUGAAUAUAGAUUAUUUGAAAUAAAGAUAUCUAAGAAAACAAAAAUACACAUAUUUUAAGAACUGUUCAUCAAC